AUGGCUACUUCGUCCGUGAUCUCUCGAACCUACGGACUUCUCGAAAGGCUGACUGCCAGGCAGCGGUUUCUGCGCGGUGUGUCGAUGGUUGUGCGUAGAAACGCAUAUUCAGAUACGGUACAAAAUCUGAAGAUCAAUUCAGAAACUAAAGUCAUAUGUCAGGGGUUCACCGGCAGGCAGGCAAGUGCGACAUUUCAUUGCACACAAAUGCUGGAGUACAAGACGAAAAUCGUCGGCGGCGUUUCUCCGAAUAAAGCUGGCACGAAGCACCUUGGAUUACCCGUUUUCGCCACCGUAGCAGAUGCUGUAAAGCAGACCGGUGCCACUGCAUCGGUCAUUUACGUUCCAGCACCGGUGGCCUCUGAUGCGAUUCGAGAGGCGAUUGACGCUGAAGUGCCCCUGGUUGUUUGCAUAACUGAGGGUAUUCCUCAACUGGACAUGGUCAUCGUCAAGCAGAAGCUUAUGCUCCAAUCGAAAACCAGACUCAUUGGGCCGAAUUGUCCCGGUAUAAUCAAGCCCGGCGAAUGCAAAAUCGGGAUAAUGCCUGGACAUAUCCACCAAAAAGGUUGCAUAGGAAUCGUCUCUCGUUCCGGUACACUCACGUAUGAAGCGGUCCAUCAGACCACCCAAGUCGGUCUGGGUCAAUCCUACUGUAUAGGAAUUGGCGGAGACCCGUUCAAUGGCACAAAUUUCAUCGAUUGUCUCAGCGUUUACUUGGAGGAUCCUCAUACAAAGGGAAUUGUGCUGAUCGGAGAAAUUGGUGGUGGUGCUGAGGAAAAAGCUGCAGAAUACCUCAAACAAAACAAUAGGGUGAUGAUUCAGCUGGCGGUUACAUUAGCGCGGGGAAAUAACAGAUUUAUGCUUGUUCAGGGUCCAAACGCCAAGCCGGUCAUUGCGUUUAUUGCUGGCCUGACGGCGCCCCCCGGGAAGCGCAUGGGGCACGCCGGAGCGAUCAUUAGCGGCGGCAAGGGAACAGCUGCGGACAAGAUAGCGGCUUUGAAGAGCGCCGGAGUCACCGUCACCAUGUCCCCUGCUCAAAUGGGCAUCACUGUUGCGAAACAGCUGUUUCAUCAACAGUCGCUGAUUUAG